AUGGUAAAGACACGGCAUUUAGAACCUAGGACUUAUUUCAAAACUAUUUCAUCAGAUAACAAUGAGCAAAGAUCACUCUCAAUCACACCAUGUGAUAAUAAUUCAUUCAAACUCAUUUGUCUCAAACAAAUCAAAAAUGUUAUUGUGAAAUUUAAAUUAACUCAAAUUAUAAUACCUAAAUUAAUAUUAUAA